CCCCACAGGCCACAGCUCUCUCUCUACAAAUCUCUUCCAUCUCUCUCUCUCCACGUCCAUAUCGCGCUCCAAAUUUCCCCGAACUCCACCCCUCGUUGUUGCCUUUCCGCACGCGCCUUUCGAUUCGGUUUGAUCGAUCGAUCAGGCAUGGCCGAUGAGACGAAGCAAGAAACCGCCGCCGAGGCCACCGAGGUGGUCGUGACGGAGGCGGAGAAGAAGGCGGAGGAGCCCGCGCCCGUGGAGGAGAAGAAGGCGGAGGAGGCCGCACCGGCGGCGGAGGAGAAGGCGGUGGAGGCGGAAGAGAAGGCUCUGGAGGCGGAUUCGGAGGAGGAGAAGAAGGCGGAGGAGGCCGAGGAGGCGGCCGCGGCGGACGAGGCGGCGGUGAUCGACGGCACCGGGUCAUUCAAGGAGGAGAGCAACCUGGUGUCCGAACUCCCCGACCCGGAGCGCACGGCGCUCGCGCAGCUCAAGGAGCUCGUCGCCGCCGCGCUCGCCAACGGGGAGUUCGAUCUACCCCCGCCCCCGCCUCCGCCGGCUCAGCCCGCUGCAGCGGCGGCUCUGGCGGAGGAGACCAAACGGGAGGAGCCGGUUAAGGAAGAGCCCAAGACGGAGGCACCAGCAGAGGCAGCGGCCGAGGAGCCCAAGUCUGAGACGGCGGCCGAGGAAGAGCCCAAGGUCGAGGCCCCCACGCCGGAGGAGCCCAAGGCUGAGGAGCCGGCCAAGGAGGAGCCCAAAGCCGAGGAGCCCGCGCCGGAGGAGACCAAGGCUGAGGAGCCGGCCAAGGAGGAGCCCAGUACCGAAGAUUCCGCCAAGGAAGAGACCAAGGCUGAGGCGGCGGCAGCAGAGGCCAAGCCAGCCGAGCCGGAGCCGGAGGAGAAGACCGUCUUAGUCGCCGAAGAGGAAGGCGCCAAGACGGUGGAAGCCAUCGCUGAGACCGUCGUGCCCACCGCGUCUGAGCCAGCCGCUGUCGCUGAGGCGGAUGCGGCGCCAGAGCAGGCGGCGGCCGAGCCGAAAGUGGAGCUGAUCUGGGGCGUGCCGCUGGUGGGCGACGACGAGCGCACGGACACGGUGCUGCUCAAGUUCCUCCGCGCGCGGGAGUUCAAGGUGAAGGAGGCCAUGGCGAUGCUCAAGUCCGCGGUGCUGUGGCGCAAGCGGUUCGGCAUCGACGAGGUCCUGGGCACCGACCUCGGCCUGCCGGAGCUGGAUUACGUGGUGUUCUACCGCGGCGCUGACCGCGAGGGCCACCCCGUCUGCUACAACGUCUACAGCGAGUUCCAGGACAAGGAGCUGUACGAGAAGGCCUUCGGCGACGAGGAGAAGCGGGAGCGCUUCCUCAAGUGGCGCAUCCAGCUCCUCGAGCGCGGCAUCCGGGAGCUGCUGGACUUCUCGCCCAGCGGCAUCUGCUCCAUGGUGCAAGUGACUGACCUCAAGAACUCGCCCCCCAUGCUCGGUAAGCACCGCGUCGUCACCCGCCAGGCGCUGGCCCUACUCCAGGACAACUACCCCGAGUUCAUCGCCAAGAAGGUGUUUAUCAAUGUGCCAUGGUGGUACCUUGCAGCGAACAAAGUGAUGAGCCCAUUCCUCACGCAGCGCACCAAGAGCAAGAUCAUCUUUUGCAGCCCUGGCAAGUCCGCGGAGACCCUUUUCAGAUACAUUUCUCCGGAGCAAGUUCCUGUCCAAUUCGGUGGCCUCUACAAAGAGGAUGACACUGAGUUCUCCACCUCUGAUGCUGUCACCGAGCUCACUGUCAAACCAUCCUCCAAAGAAACCAUUGAGAUUCCAGUCACCGAGAACUCCACGGUUGCAUGGGAGCUCCGCGUGCUUGGAUGGGAGGUAAGCUACGGCGCUGAAUUCACCCCUGAUGCAGAGGGUGGCUACACCAUCAUCGUGCAGAAGACGAGGAAGGUGCCGGCCAACGAAGAGCCGAUCAUGAAGGGUAGCUUCAAGGUUAGCGAGCCCGGCAAGGUUGUGCUCACCGUCAACAACCCAGCGUCCAAGAAGAAGAAGCUACUGUACCGGUUCAAGGUCAAGAGCACCGCCGAGUCCACCUGAGGUUCCAGCUGCUUGACUCUACACAUUUGAUCACCAACCCAGUCCACAGGUCCAUAUCACCACCAUUUGAACAUGUCGCAUGAUAGAAGACGACAAUAAGAGUUUUUAGGGUCAUUUUGUGUCUGGUUCUUUGAUUUGUUGGUUUGCUGUUUUUUGGGGUCACAUUUGUAUGUGUUUACUUGAACCAAAGUGAGCUUGUUCUAUGAGGAAGAGAUAGCUGGGAGGUGGGAGAAGUAUGAGAUGGUGAUGGUUCAUGAGGUCAAGAGGGGGAACUGUGGAAGGACGGACUGAAGAAGAGAUAGUUGCUGCUCUGUAUAUCUGUCUGUACAUUUAAUCCAUGGAUUCUCUUUCAUCAACAUGUUGAUUUUAGAAAGCAUCCCGUUUUGUCGUUA